CAAACACAGCCAUGACAGAGAAGGAAGUGCCAGAGCCACCAGCUUCACCUGCUUCAGGUGGGAAACCCAAGAGCCGGCUACAGAAGCUGAAGCAACUUUUCCAGCGAAAGCCCAAGGAGGAGACAGCGCCAGAGCCGCAGCCCAAUGGGGAGCUGGUCAGCCCCUCAGGGGGACCCAUCUACUACAUCUAUGAGGAGGAGGAAGAGGAGGAAGAGGAGGAGGAGCCUGAGCCCCCUCCCGAGCCCCAGAAACUUGUCAAUGACAAACCCCACAAGUUCAAAGAUCAUUACUUCAAAAAGCCCAAGUUCUGUGAUGUUUGUGCCCGCAUGAUUGUCCUCAACAACAAAUUUGGCCUGAGGUGCAAGAACUGCAAAACCAACAUCCACCACCACUGCCAGUCCUACGUGGAGAUGCAGCGCUGCUUCGGCAAAAUCCCCCCAGGGUUUCGCCGGGCGUACAGCUCACCCCUCUACAGUGACCAGCAAUAUGCCUGCGUCAAGGAGCUGCUCUCAGCAGCCAACAGGAGCGACCCUGUGUUUGAGACCCUGCGGACAGGCGUCAUUAUGGCCAACAAGGAGCGCAAGAAAGGGCAGGAUGACAAGAAAAACCCUUUGGCUGCUAUGAUGGAUGAGGAACCAGAGGCCACGAAGCCAGAAGGGGGCAAAACCGAAGGCGGCACCUCUGAAGGGGACAAGAAGACUGAGAAGAGCCCAACAGAUGACAAGAACAAGAAGCCACAGCCAGGGAUUCGUGGUGGCUAUCUGCAGUCUCACUAUUUUGUGGCACUUUAUCGCUUCAAAGCCCUGGAGAAAGAUGACCUGGAUUUCCCGCCAGGGGAGAAGAUCACGGUGGUUGAUGACUCCAAUGAGGAGUGGUGGCGGGGGAAGAUUGGUGAAAAAAUUGGCUACUUCCCUCCAAACUUCAUCAUCCGUGUGCGGGCAGGCGAGCGGGUGCACAAGGUGACACGCUCCUUCGUGGGCAACCGGGAGAUCGGGCAGAUCACACUCAAGAAGGAUCAGAUCGUGGUGCAGAAGGGUGAGGAGGUGAAUGGUUAUGUGAAAGUCUACACCGGCCGCAAAGUGGGGCUCUUCCCCGUGGACUUCCUGCAGGAGAUCUGAGUGGGGCAGCAUCCCAGGGACCCCCAGCCGGGGGGGACGGAUGGACCCUGGCUGCAGGGAGCUGCCGGAGCUGGGCAGGGAUGGGGGUGGAGAUGGGGACGGCAAGCACCCCCGUCCCUGAUGCCUGCAGCAAUGGGGUCUCCAGUGGGGAUCAUCUCAGACAGGACCGGAGCAGGCCGGGGGUGUAGAAGGUGCCUCUCGGGCCGUUUCCGCCGUGGGGUUUUUGGUGCCUUCAGAGACACUGCGUGCAAGAAGGGGGCACCCACAGACUCGCUCUGGAGGCCACCCAGCCCCUCCUGCCUGCAGUGGUGCGUGCUGGCUGCCUCAAGGGUGUCAGUGUGGUCCUGUCCCGCUGCUCUGGGCUGUGUAAUCCUGUGUUUUAGCAAUACAUGUCUGCUC